AUGGGAGAUCGCGCCCAACGCCAGCCGUCUGGGCUGCAAGCUGCAGCCAGCAUUGCACCGUGGAUUCUGUUGACUGCGGAAUCGACUGCGUUUGUUUUGCUAGCUCAUUAUUCUCGAGUUAUGCCCCCCGCCGGUGGUAAACGCUACCUGACCUCUACGGCGGUCUUCCUAGUUGAUGUGAUCAAGCUGGCUAUCUCCCUCACAAUGGCACUUUACGAUGUCUCCAAAACUGCACCACCAUCGAUGCCCGCCACAUCCCUCUUUUUCUCCCUCACAAGCGCCGUGUUUUCAGGCGACAGCUGGAAACUCGCUAUCCCUGCUGCGCUCGACGUCUUGUCUAACUCUCUCCUGUACAUUGCGCUCUCGAACCAACGAGCAGCGUCGUUCCAGAUUACAUUCCAGCUGAAGUUUCUUACAACAGCAGUGUUUGGUCUGAUGCUCCUGAGACGGAGCAUCCCUCCCCGCAAGUGGGGCCUCCUUUUGCUUCUCAUCGUGGGCGUGGCGUUGGUGCAAAUUCCCAAUGGCAGCUCCGAGCAGAUGCUGAACGAAGAUCACGCUAGCCACAAUUUCCCUCGAUCCUUGGAGGAGUGGAAGGCUCUUAAGCAAGGUGCUGGUUCUGGCAGCAGUUUGCACAAGCGGUCUGCAACAUACGAGGGAAUCGAACAAGACAUCCUGACGGCUGACCCACAUCUGAACCCCGCCAUUGGUCUCUUUGCGACUAUCGGCGCGUCCUUGGCUUCUGGACUUGAGAGUAUCUAUUUCGAGAAAGUCCUCAAGGACAGCUCAAGCCAUAUCUCGUUAUGGGUCCGCAAUGUGCAAUUGGCUGUCUACUCCGUAUUUCCGGCUCUCUUCAUUGGAAUUGUCUUCCAGGAUGGCGAAAAAAUCGCUGAAGAUGGCUUCUUCCAGGGCUACAAUUGGGCGGUAUGGUCUACCAUCAUCAUUCAAGCCUUGGGUGGUAUCGUUUCUGCAUUUUACGUCAGCCACGCGCAGAAGGAUGCAAGGAGUUUGGCCACAACUGUCAAUAUAAUUUUGAGCAUUGUCGGAAGCAUUUGGCUCUUUGACUUUGAAGUCACUACAAGCUUCCUCCUGGGCUCGGCUGCAGUUCUGACAGCAACCCACUACUAUGGGAACCCCAUCUUCCACCCUGCGAUGGGUGCCUUGCGUGCACCUCCAAUCCGCAUUGAUGCCUACGAAAAGGACACCGCAGGUCCUGAUAGCUCUCCCGUGGCACCUCCCAACGACUUCUCUAUUAAACUUCCGAUCUCGCCUUUCCUCUCUCACGGCAUGUCGUCAUCCCGUCCUGCCUCACCAGCACCAGGCCAAACUAGAGUGAGCUCUAGCCGGAAUGCAGAAACGGGCAGCUACUUCGAUGAGAAGUGA